AUGUUCGCUCGUGUUCCGAAAGUGUGCAGCGGACGCCUGUUGUGGGGUGUUUACGUAUGUAGGAAAAGUGAAAGUUUGCAACGCGGCUGCGCGAACGAUGCACGCAGGGCAACGGAGGAGCACUACGGCCGAGCCUUCGCAGAGGCUCGGGACCGACCGGAGCAGUACUGGGCCCGAGCGGGCCAGGACAUUAGCUGGUUCCAACCGUGGAGCAAAACAUUGCACGUGGAAGACCCGGUGUUCCCCAACUGGUUUGUGGGCGGCAAACUGAAUAUGUGUUACAACGCCGUGGAUCGGCACGUGGAAGGCGGGCGCGGCGAGCAGGCGGCCAUCAUCCACGACAGCCCCGUGACCGGCACCAAGCGGAUCGUGACGUACCGGGAGCUCCAGGAGCAGGUGUCGCUGCUCGCCGGCGUCUUGGUGAAAAAUGGCGUCCGCAAGGGCGACCUGGUGGUCAUCUACAUGCCCAUGGUACCCCAAGCUAUGUUCGCCAUGUUAGCGUGCGCCCGCGUCGGCGCGCCGCACAGCCUCAUCUUCGGCGGCUUCGCCUCCAAAGAGCUGUCGGUGCGCAUCGAUCACGCCAAGCCCAAAAUGAUCGUGACCGCCUCGUUCGGGAUCGAGCCCGGCCGUCGGGUGGCCUACGUGCCGUUGGUGGAAAAAGCCUUGGAACUUAGCUCUCACAAGCCCUCCAAAGUACUCGUCUACUGCAGAGAGAACAUGGAGAAAGUCUCAUUGGGCGGAGACUUGUCUUUAGACUGGGACGAGCAGAUGGCGACCGCCCGACGCCACGACUGCGUCCCGGUCCCUUCCGACCACCCGCUCUACAUUCUCUACACAUCGGGCACCACCGGAACGCCCAAGGGCAUCGUACGAGACACUGGGGGCUGCGCAGUGAUGCUAAAGUGGACCAUGUCCAACAUAUACGGACUGCGCCCUGGAGAAGUGUGGUGGGCCGCAUCGGACCUAGGCUGGGUGGUGGGCCACUCGUACAUCUGCUACGCCCCCCUCCUCCACGGGAACAGCAGCGUCCUCUACGAGGGCAAACCGGUGGGAACCCCGGACCCGGGCGCUUUUUUCCGCGUCCUCUCAGAACACGGCGCCGCCGGCCUGUUCACCGCGCCUACAGCACUCCGGGCCAUCCGCCAGCAGGAUCCCCGCGCCCGGUGCGGGGCGGCGUAUGCGCUACCCAGGCUGCGCUCCAUCUUUUUGGCGGGAGAACGCUGCGACGUGGAGACGCUAGAGUGGGCCAAGAGAAGUUUCGGGGUUCCCGUGUUGGAUCACUGGUGGCAGACGGAGACCGGUUCGCCGAUCACGUCCACGUGCAUUGGCCUGGGAAACUCGAUUGCGCCCCCCGCAGGCCAGGCGGGCAAACCGGUGCCAGGCUACGACGUGAGGGUAAUCGACGACCACAUGCGACAGGUGACGCCGAGAACUCUGGGAAACAUCGUGGUGAGAUUACCUCUUCCGCCCGGCGCCUCGUCGUCCCUGUGGCAGAAUUCGCAUCUUUUUAAGCAGAUCUAUUUCACAAAAUUCCCGGGUUACUACGACACCAUGGACGCCGGUUUUGUGGACGAGGAGGGCUUCUUGUACAUCAUGUCGCGCUCCGACGAUGUCAUCAACGUGGCCGGACACAGGUUGUCGGCAGGAGCGCUGGAGGAGUCCGUUUUGCAGCAUCCGGCAGUGGCCGACUGUGCCGUGGUGGGCUUGGAGGACCCGCUGAAGGGCCACGUACCGCUUGCCUUGUGUGUGCUAAAAAACGGAGUGCAACAGUGCCAAAAGGACGUAGCGAAGGAGACGGUAAAGCUCGUACGGGACACGGUGGGACCCGUGGCCGCCUUCCGGAAGGUUCUUUUCGUUCGCGGGCUUCCCAAGACCAGAUCGGGGAAGAUCCCCCGUUCCUCGCUAGGGAAUUUGGUCAACGGGAAGCCCUACAAGAUUACGCCCACCAUCGAGGACCCCGAAGUGUUUCAAGAAAUCGAGAAAGUUCUGAAGUCGAACGCUACUUGA